AUGGCGCAGCAUCACGGCCACUUUGACAUGCGCGUCCCCCCGGAUCCAGCGAAACUCAUGGAGUACGUGGCGUCCCUGCCGGAGGAGGAGCAACAGCGGAUACGGGAAGAGGCGAUGGCACACAUGGGCCUCCUGGGCCCUAUGGGCCCCAUUGGCCCCAUGGGCCCUAUGGGCCCUAUGGGCCCCAUGGGCCCCAUGGGCCCGAUGGGCCCCGUGGGCCCCAUGGGCGCUGUGGGCCCGCCCCCCCUGCCGCCGCUGCCUGAUCCGGACGAGCUGAGGCGGCGCCAUCGAGAAGCCCGAAGACAGUUCAAGCAGAUGGAAGGCUCUGCCAGCAUGCACAUGGUCACCAUCAGCCAGAGUUGGGACAUCAAGCCGCCCAUGGGGGAGGCAGAUGCCCUGGCCCCGAUUACCGUCGCGGAGCUGCAGCUCGGCGUCACUCAUCGGGGCUGCGUGCUGGAGGGAACCGUCUGCGAAGAGCCCGUCUUCAGUGGUUCCUGCACCUUCCCGCUCGAGGAUAGGGAUGGCUUCGUUGCCCGAGUCGCGGUCUACAACAUUCCAGGUGCCUCAUGGCAGUUGGCAGAGCGCUUGUUCUACAAGGGCCGGGCCAUCGCCAUCAAAGAGCCGUACUACAAAGUCGCCGCGGAUGGGGCUUUUGCCGUUCGCGUGGACGACCCUGCAGAAGUCGUUGACGGCAGCAACCCAACAACUUGGCAAGAGUUCAAGGAGCUCGGGAACCGAUGCUUUCAGGCCAAGCAGUUCCAGAAAGCCCUGGAUGCGUAUCAGCAAGGCCUACACCGACUCAGCAACGAGAGGGAGGAGCUCAGCAUACUCUACAGCAACAAGGCGCAGUGUAUGCUGAACUUCGACAGCUACUUUCACAACUUCUCCGCUUUAAGAUAUGCUGGUGUCGCCGUCCACCUGGACCGAGCGAACGUGAAAGCCAGGAAGAGGCUGCAAGAGGCAUCGAAGAAGUGUGGUCCUGCGAGCACCCAGCCAGAGCUUCACUGGUUGCGACGGCCUGACGUAGUCGUCUGGGCCAGUUGGACCGUGGUGCGGGGAAGCGAGCCCAAGACGUGGCAAGCGCUGAAAGAGGAGGCCAAGGAACUCUUCAUCCGGGAGAAGUACGUUGAAGCAGAUCAGCUCUACAGCUGCGCACUGAUGAAGCACGGUGCGGCGAAUGGAAUCGCCGUGUUGCUCGGCAACAUGGCGCAGACAUGCCUCGAGCUUCAGAAGUACAAGGAGGCGUUGGCUCACAGUUCAACGGCUGUCCUGCUGCCGGGAGGGAGCAACUCAUUGCUGGAGAAGCUCUGGAUCCGCCGUGCGCGUUCGCUGGAGGGGUUGGGUGACGACAGCUGCUCCACUGCUCUGGACACUGUGCCUCUGCCUGGCGUCCAAGCCGAAGCCAAGCAGCUGAAGGAGCGGCGAGCCAGCGCCGUGGGCGUCAAGCCCGUGUCCGCUGUUCCGACAGAGCAACAGUUUCAGAUGCGGGAAGGCUUCAUGCAGGAGCUGUUGUCCAGACAAGACUCCUGUACACCGGACGAGCUGAUGGCGCUUGGAGCGAUGCUGGAUCUUGCACCUCCGGAUGCCAAGAAGAAGCUGCAGGAGCAGUUUGGCCCGCUAUGCAUGCGCAAAGUGCCCACCUUCCACGUGCAGUUUCCAAAGCAGUGCGGCCUGCCGACGUCGGAUCCUGAAUCCAUGCAGCAUUGCCAGCAGCUACUGCGUGAAUCGUACGCCCACGCCUUGACGAGCCCAUGGAUGACUGAGUGGGCAUUACAGCAGGGAACAAUGCAGUUCGACGAAGCCUCCCUGUUCAAGCGCUUCAAUGGCACACUGGGAGCCCAGUGGUAUGCAGAGCACUCGCCGCUGAUGCCCGGGAGCAUCAUCAGGGCUCGCGAGGAGGUGGACAAGCAGCGGUACUCGGAGCUCAUCCGGACCAGCUUCUGCAACCACUGCUGCAGGCGAGACAUCCUCCACAAGGGCACGACCCACGUGGCGGUAGGUUUUAACGACCUCGGCCUGCUGUUGUCCUGCGAGCUGCGUGAUGAGCCUUCGAAGAACGUGUUGGGGCCGCUGCGCUUCAUCGGCGUGGACGCCAGCGCGUACUCCGUGGCCAAAAGCAAGGUCAUAGCGGAGAUGUUGAAGCGCGACAUCCCACUUGAGCACGUCCUUCAGGCUUGGUACUCCUCCACCUGCAGUAAAGCGGCUGCAAAGCACUUCGCUGAAGUCGCGGGAGGAGUGGCCAGGAGUGUGGACCAAGAGCAGGUGAAGUCCUUCUUGUCCCACUGGGCCGCGGCCACGCCGGUUCCGCUUCUCCAAGCCCGAAAGCUUUGGUUGAAGACCCGGGAAGGCCGCAAUGGAACAGAUAUCCCCUCCAUGAAACGCGAGAAGGACCAGCUGCGAAUGUGUCAGUACUUGUUGACAGGGGAUGUCUUUGACGCAGGCAAGCCGGAGGUCGGCAAUCCAUCGAUGUGGUCCGUCCCAGCCGGCUCUCCACCAAUCGCGCAAGGCGAAAGCGCUUUCGCUGCAGUUGAAGCCGAUGAUCUGGCAGACGGACCGAAGAAAGACAACAUCGGCAAGUGCCUGGCGAAGGUGCUUCUGCAGAGGCUGCAGCGUCUCCGCACGAUGAUACAGAAAGGCAUCAUCAGGAUAGAGCUUCUCUGCGAGUUCGUUGAGGCAGACUCGUCUACAGCAAAGUGGAUUGCUGAUCAGCAGCCAUGGACAAUGUCGUGGUCCAACGUGCUGGACUACAUGACUCCGAGGAACUUCCACAAGCUGGCGCGGGCGUGUUCAGUCCACGGGGAUACCGUGCACUACGCCUACUCCAUGAACUGGGUUGCAGAGGUGGUAGGCACCUCUAUCCUGGACUACUCCGAUCUGGGGCAGCGGAGGCAAAUCAUCGAGGCCACACAUCAAAUCCUGGAGGAGACUGCUCGACUCGCUCCCGCAGGAAGAUUCUUGCAUCUACCCCCCUUCGACUCGCCGCUGAAUUCCACCGGGUAUCUCCUUGCCACGGCCUUGCACAAGCACUGGACGAAGUACUUCUUCGAUCCGCAGUUGGCGGGGCAGGAUGUACAGGUUGGGCUGGCGUCCCUGCAAACCUACAAUCCGCUAGCGACCAAUGCCACCACGCUGUCCCUCACAUGGACUUACGACGCCACCAUUCAGCUGAAAGAUGCGUCAGGGUCGGACUUAGCGGACGAUCCCUUCAAUUCUUUACCUGACUGCGCAGUCAGCUAA